UGUACCCUUUUCUCUUUUAAAUGGGUGCUUGUCUUUCUAUUGAAGAGGGUUCUUAUCCAUCGAAAAGAGCUCCUAGGAGAAACCAAAGCUAUUCAAGACCUGCCAAUAAGAAAACAACCAAUCAUGUUCCAUCUUCUAAGAAAAGGACUAAUUCAUAUGAACAAUCCAUUCACACGAAACAAUACCAUCUUUCUAAAGCUAUUCCAGUCAACGAUGACUUGCAUAGAUUGAAAUCAACCACGACCAGAAGAUCUACUUCAAAACCAAGAGCUGCACAUUCUACGAAAGAUAUUCCAGUUCUUCGUGAAGUUAACCGUGGCUCCAACCUACAACAAUAUUCAACUCAUGAUGAUCUGAAAGAAAAGGAUUCAAAGAAUGCAUCUCAAGAAACGAAACAACUUGUAGAACAAUAUCGUCAUCCACACUAUCCAAAGGCAGAAGAAACUUCCUCAUUGGCAGCUCCAUGGGCAUCUGGCAGUCUUGUACAACAACGAAUGAGUCAGUUGCUUCAAAACAACUCGCUUAAAAUGGAACACGAACCGCAACGUGAGAACGUAAGUUGGAGCGGACUUGUAAAGCAGCGACAAAGCAUCUUCCAAAGCAAUAUUCCUUCUUCUUUGGAAACAAUGCACAAGAAAGAUAUCCAACCAAAAGAAGAGGAGAGUAAAUGGAAGGAAUCUGACCAAAUGAAAAAGAAUUCUUCAAUGAAAGAAAAUGCAACUCCAAGAAUAGAAUUAAGCGCUCAAUCUAUUGAGCCUCAUCAUCUCAAAAAGACCGUAGAGACAUCAACUGAAUGGAAACAACGAUUGGAAACUUCUAAUCAACAGUAUCAUCAAAGGAUUCCCCGAAAGAAAAUUGAAGAAACUUCGUCUGAAAUGCAUGGCAAUGACUCACUCGAUAUUGAGAAAUGGAGAAAUAGAAGAACCAGACGCAUGGCACGUAACUCUGUUUUGAUGGAGGAACAAGAAGAUCCCGAAGAAGCUGCAGCAAGGAGUAUGCGUGGAAGUGUUUUACGAGCUCAUUCUUCCAUGAAAUUUCAAUUUUAAAUAAAGUUUGGUUUCUUUCAACGAU